AUGGCAGCUGGGAGGGACAUGGAAAGGGGAGCGGGCAGCCCGAGGCAUAACCCGGCCUUAGACCGCGUUCUAUGUAAGGAGAGCUUUGGUGUAUGGCUGACAGGUGUUUACCCCGUGGGACAGCUUGGCGAAGAAAGCCUCUGGAGGACGGCAGCAGGAUGGUGGGCCUACAUCUCCUCCCAUAUUCAGCCUCUCCAACAGCAGGUGCGCUCGCAUCUCCCUGGAGGGGACUGGAAGACUCGGAGGCCAGCAGGGGACGAGUUAGGAGAAGUGCUGAGCGAAACCCUGACCCUGCCAGAAAAGCUACGUAAGCUCCAGGAAGAGCUUUAUCUCCUGCGCUGGAGCCUAAAGGAUGUCGCCGAGCGUGCUUUUCAGGAAGCCUUGAAGCAGGCGAAGCUCCCAGGCUUUACCGGAUGGGCUGUUCAAGAGAUAAUCAAUCAAGUCUUGGAGAAGCUGGAAGAAAAGCAAGUCCCCAUGCCAGAUUAUGCCCUCAAAUCAUCAGGGGCUGCUGUCGUUCAUUCAAGGACUUCUCCAUCCUUCCGCAAUAGGAAAGGAAAAGUCUUUUUGUAUUCCCUGCCGGUGCUGGAUUACCUGCGAUCUCCUGACGUUAUCCUUGAGCCGGAAAAUCAUCCAGGAAACUGCUGGCCCUUGGCAGGAAGUCAGGGACACGUGCUCAUCAGGCUGUCUGUGCCAAUCGUUCCCAGAGCAGUCACCGUGGACCAUGUCUCAGGGACAAUGUUCCAUAGAGACAGCAUCUCCAGAGCGCCAAAGGACUUUGCUGUCUACGGCCUCAAGGAAGAACAGGAGGAGCAGGGAACGUUCCUGGGACGGUUCACUUUCCUGGCGAUGCUGAAUCCCACUCAGACCUUCCAGCUGAAGAACGAGCUCUCUGGGUUCGUGAAUUACAUAAAGCUGCAAGUGCUGAGCAACUGGGGCCACCCGGACUACACCUGCCUGUAUCGAUUCAGGGUGCACGGCGAUCCUCCCGAAGACGGGGGAAAGGGGUCCCUGUCAUCUGGCAAUAAAGGCCCUUAA